AACAAUCAGCCACCUGCUCUACAUGGAUGACAUCAAGCUGUAUGCCAGGAAUGAGCGAGAAAUAGACUCGCUGAUCCACACCACCCGGAUCUACAGCGAUGACAUAGGGAUGUCAUUCGGAUUGGACAAGUGUGGCCGGAUGGUCUCAAAGAGAGGCAAGAUGAUCCGGACUGAGGGGAUUGACCUACCAGAGGGCAACAUAGGUGAUAUCCAAGACAGCUACAAGUACCUUGGCAUCCCACAGGCUAAUGGAAACCAUGAAGAGGCCACAAGGAAGUCAACCACAGCCAAAUACCUCCAGAGAGUAAGGCAGGUCCUGAAAAGUCAGCUGAAUGGUAAGAACAAGGUCCGAGCCAUCAACAUGUACGCACUACCAGUCAUCAUAUACCCCGCUGGUAUCAUAAACUGGCCAAAGGAGGAGAUAGAAGCCACAGAUAUCAAGACUAGAAAGCUCCUCACCAUGCAUGGAGGGUUCCACCCCAAGUCCAGCACCCUGAGACUAUACACUAAGCGGAAAGAGGGAGGCCGAGGGCUAGUGAGCGUCAAGACCACGGUCCAGGAUGAAACAUCGAAAAUCCGAGAAUACAUCAGAAAGAUGGCCCCAAAGGAUGAACUGCUAAGUGAAUGUCUCAGGCAGCAGAACCCUGAUGAGAGUGCAGAGGAGGAGGAGGAACAGACAACCUGGAGAGACAAACCCCUACAUGGCAUGUACCACCGUCAGAUAGAGGAAGUGGCUGAUAUCAAGAAAUCCUACCAGUGGCUGGAUAAUGCAGGACUGACAGACAGCACAGAGGCACUAAUCAUGGCAGCACAAGAACAGGCCAUAAGCACAAGAGCCAUAGAGGCCAGGAUCUACCAGAGUAGAUCAGACCCAAGAUGCAGACUGUGCAAAGAAGCCCCUGAAACAGUCCAGCACAUAGUAGCAGGGUGUAAGAUGCUAGCUGGAUCAGCGUACAUGGAGAGGCACAACCAAGUGGCUGGGAUAGUAUACAGGAACAUCUGCAACCAGUAUGGAAUAGAAAUACCCAAGUCCCAAUGGGCCAUACCACAGAAGGUGGCUGAGAACAACAGGGCCAAGAUUCUGUGGGACUUCAGCUUCCAGACUGACAAACAGAUCCUGGCUAACCAACCGGACAUAGUGGUGGUGGACAAAGAGCAGAAGAGGGUGGUGGUGAUAGAUGUGGCGAUCCCAGCUGACGCCAACAUCAGGAAGAAGGAACAUGAGAAACUUGAGAAGUAUCAAGGGUUGAAAUAGCAGCUGGAACGGAUGUGGAAGGUCAAGGGUUGCGUGGUCCCCGUGGUAGUGGGGGCACUUGGGGCAGUAACCCCCAAACUGGGAGAGUGGCUCCAGCAAAUCCCAGGAACAACAUCUGAAGCCUCAGUCCAGAAGAGCGCAGUCCUAGGAACAUCGAAGAUACUGCGCAGAACCCUCAAACUCCCAGGCCUCUGGUAGAGGACCCGAGCUUGAGGAUGACAUGGAUACCACCCCCCCCGCCGGGGGUGAGAAGGAGAUUUUUUUUUUUAUAUAUAUACACAACCCCGAUUCCAAAAAAGUUGGGACAAGGUACAAAUUGUAAAAAAAAUGGAAUGCAAUGAUGUGGAAGUUUCAAAAUUCCAUAUUUUAAUCAGAAUACAGUGCCUUGAAAAAGUAUUCAUACCCCUUGAACUUUUUUACAUUUUUCCACCUUACAACCACGAACUUAAAAGUUUUUUAUUGAGAUUUUAUGUGAUAGACCAACACAGAGUAGCACAUAAUUGUGAAGUGAAACGAAAAUGAUAAAUGGUCUUCAAAAUUUUAAACAUAUAAAAAUCUGAAAAAUGUGAUGUGCAUUAGUAUUCAGCCCCCCUGUGUCAAUACUUUGUAGAGCCACCUUUUGCUGCAAUUACAGCUGCAAGUCUUUUGUGGUAUGUCUCUACCAGCUUUACACAUCUAGACACUGAAAUUUUUGCCCAUUCUUCUUUGCAAAAUAGCUCAAGCUCAGCCAGAUUGGAUGGAGAGCUUCUGUGAACAGCAAUUUUCAAUUCUUGCUACAGAUGCUCAAUGGGAUUUAGGUCUGGACUUUGACUGGGCCAUUCUAACACAUGAAUAUUCUUUGAUCUAAACCAUUCCAUUAUAGCUCUGGCUGUAUGUUUAGGGUCAUUGUCUUGCUGGAAGGUGAAUCUCCUUCCCAGUCUCAAGUCUUUUGCAGCCUCCAACAGGUUUUCUUCCAGGAUUGCCCUGUAUUUAGCUCCAUCCAUCUUCCUAUCAACUCUGACCAGCUUCCCUGUCCCUGCUGAAGAAAAGCAUCCCCAUAGCAUGAUGCUGCUACUACCAUGUUUCACAGUGGGGAUGGUGUGUGCAGGGUGAUGAGCAGUGUUAGUUUUCCGCCACACAUAACGCUUUGCAUUUAGGCCAAAAAGUUCAACUUUGGUCUCAUCUGACCAAACCACCUUCUUCCACAUGUUUGCUGUGUCCCCUACAUAGCUUCUGGCAAACGGGACUUCUUAUGCCUGUCUUUCAACAAUGGCUUUCUUCUUGCCACUCUUCCAAAAAGGCCAGAUUUGUGGAUUUCUGCAGCUCCUCCAGAGUGAUCAUGGGCCUCUUGGCUGCUUCUCUGACCAGUGCUCUCCUUGCUCGCUCUGUCAGUUUAGGUGGACGGCCAUGUCUUGGUAGGUUUGCAGUUGUGCCAUACUUUUUGCAUUUUUGAAUGAUGGAUUGAACAGUGCUUCUUGAGAUGUUCAGAGCUUGGGAUUUUUUAUAACCCAACCGUGAUUUAAACUUCUCCAGAACUUUAUCCCUGAUCUGUCUGGUGAGUUCUUUGGUCUUCAUGAUGUUGUUUGUUCUUCAGUGUUCUCGAACAAACCACUGAGGCCUUCACAGAACAAGUGUAUUUUUGCUGAGAGUAAAUUACACACAGUAGGAGUCUGUUCAGGGCUGGACAGGCCGUCUGGUGUACUGGGCAAAAUCCCGGUGGCCUAACGGUCCAAGUGGCCUGACGGUCCAAGAUAUUAAAUAAUAAUUAUAAUAAUACUAAUUUUACUUUGAAACCGGCGGUCCGGUGCAUAAUAUAGAGUCGCGGCGCCCUAUAGAGAUCUUGCAGUCACGUGACCGGAAAGUACACAGCCGUCAGCUUGUCGGUAAAAAACACAGCUGAAUACUGCUGCACUCGUGUACAGAAUGGAUCAAUUUCAACCGACGGACUACACGGCUCAUUUUUCUAAUGAACAGAUAACUAGAUAUAUGUCUAAAAUAAACGAUCUACAGAUUAGUGACCCUUAUGGCUUACCGGACGGAGUUUUCACAACCGUGUCAGUGGAUUUUGAACUGCCAGAGGUGGAAUACCCGGACGUGUAUAAUUACCUCAUUAACUUUCCCUCGCUGUUCAGUGGUGAAGCACUGCGUGCUUAUAAAUCUCUGCACAGUUAUCUUUACAGAAAUUCAGGAUUUGUCAGCGACUCAGAUGUGGCAUCUUGUAAACAAGAAAAUAAUCCUCAUUAGAUGGGUAAGUCACUUAAGUAUUGAGUAUAGCACUGACCAGCCGAUUAUAGAAUAGAAUAAGGUAAUUCCAGCUGUAAUUCCAAAUCGUCCGUCUUGUUUACCAUGGAUCUGGCGUUGGAGAGGUAGAGGCUUAGCAGUGGAGGUUUGAGUGGCUGUUUUCUGAGCUUAGUCAACAGGCCGGCUCUGCAGCCUCACUUUUGCUUCCGCUCCCGACGCCCCCUCCUUCACUUUGCUUCCGAUAACAAUCCAUGGAGACCCCACUGGUCUCGCUAUCUCGUCCGGAAUGUUGUGCAUGCGAUGGAAAUCGCUACAAACCGUCAUUUUCUUCUGGAAACCAAUGUCCAGUAAGUCCAUAUGGUUGUAGUGGAUAUUGAAGUCCGAUACAGACGAACAACACGCAAAAAUACACACAAAAAACAUAAAAAACGUGCACAGGUAGGGAGAGCUUGUAGCUGCAGCCGUUGUAGUAGAAUUGUAUAUAGUAGGGUUUUCCAGAAGAAAAGGUAGAAGUAGAACCAGAAGUAGAAGUAGAAGGCGGAAAUAUGGCGUUUGACCGACAAGAUGGCGUCUGUCACAAUCUGGAUCGGCUGUGAUGUCACAUGCAAGUGCUCCAUUGGUCUAUUUUCAGUGGACUGAACCAAUCAGCGGCGCUUAUCAACAAAAGCUGUGCCUCUUGCAAGAACUGCCCACUGUGUUGUUACCAAAUUCUCCUUCGAUUCAACUUGCUCACAGAUGCAUAUCAUCAUGUAGCUCUUGCAUACAAAUAUUUACUCACCCUCUCAGUGACACAAGUCGCUUGUGAACGGUCAUUUUCGACCCUUAAAUUCAUCAAGAGCAGACUGAGGAACAGCAUAAAUGCAAGUAAGUUAGAGGCCUUCAUGUUGAUGUCGUCAGAAAAGAACAUCCUCAUGGGUCUCGAUACAGACACUGUCAUUGACAGAGUUGCAGAAAAAAGUGAACUACUUCGGAAACUCCUACUAUACUGAGGUAAGGUUUUUUAAAUAUUAACACUAGCUAUAUUAUUCAGCGAAAUGUUCUAUUCAAAAUUACAUGAAAUUGAAAUUGGGACACAAAAACAUCCCCUUUCAUUGAUUCCUCUUUUUUCCUCUUAGGAAGCCCCUGUCUCUCAGGUUUUGUUGACUGUUCAUUGUCACAAAGUUCCAUUUCAGGAUACUCAUUCACCAUUGUUCACGAGAUUGACAGGCAUUUGGGUUCUGGGAUGCCAUUUGAGAGGAUUUUGUCAUAGAUAUUCAGGGGUCAUAAGUCAUGAUUCAGCAAGGUCUUCUAGCGUACAUAGAUGUUCAUAGGAUCGUCAGGGUAUGAGAGCGUUUGUUCAAGUCAAGUGAGCUAUCUAAGAAGUGGGAUGAUUACGAGAGUGACUGUGUCAGUAUGUAGGUGUGUCCAAGUAGCAGAUUGGACUGAAGACUGCAGAUAAGGUCGGUUCCUCCCAGCUUCUGGGGGCUCUCUUCCAACCAUGCCCCAUUGUGUGCAAGAAGCAUUUUAAAUAAAUCAUUGACUGCAUAGUUACUGUGCAUUUGUUGGUGUUUUUUGGGGGCCGGGAAUUCUUGCUUUAAAUGUUGCACCAUUUCCCCUUGGCCAGGAUGUAACAACCGUAAAAAAAUGUACAUUGCUUCACGGAAAACAUACUUAAAUAAGUGCAAUGAGAGAUAGCAACCUGGCCCCAACCGGUGUGUUUGGCUCCCCGUAAAGACGGCACACACACACACUGCAGGGGGACAGACAGACAGACUAACAGACGGGGUCAUUGCAAUACCUGGCCAAACCUCCUCCGGGGGGGGGCAGGUUACUAGUCGUUUGUACUCCGGUAAUUAUGAGCCUGUCGAAGUCUUAAUAUUGGCCUGCCUAAGUCAAAAAUGCCCAGCCCGUUUUUUUGUCCCAGUCCAGCCCUGACUCUAUUAACUAAUUAGAUGACUUCUGAAGGCAAUUGAUUGCACUGGAUUGUAUUUAGAGGUAUCAGAGUACAGAGGGCUGAAUACUAAUGCACACCACAUUUUUCAGAUUUUUAUUUGUUUAAAAUUUUG